AUGCAGAAGGAAUCAUGGAGGUCUGUUUUGCUUCUUGCUUAUCAGAGUCUUGGUGUUGUCUAUGGAGACUUGAGUAUCUCUCCUCUUUAUGUUUUUAAGAGCACUUUUGCUGCAGACAUUCGACAUUCAGAGACCAAUGAAGAGAUAUAUGGUGUUCUGUCUUUUGUUUUUUGGACUCUUACUUUGCUCCCUUUGCUUAAGUAUGUCUUCAUUGUCCUUCGUGCUGAUGAUAACGGAGAAGGUGGGACUUUUGCUUUGUACUCACUGAUAUGCCGUCAUGUCAAAGUUAGCCUCCUUCCAAACCGACAAGUAGCUGACGAGGCACUAUCCACUUAUAAACUGGAGCAUCCACCAGAGAAGAUCCAUGCCUCUUGUGUGAAAAGAUAUCUGGAGAAGCACAAGUGGUUACACACUGCUUUGCUGAUUCUUGUUCUUCUUGGGACUUGUAUGGUUAUUGGAGAUGGCCUUCUCACUCCAGCUAUCUCCGUUUUCUCUGCUGUGUCAGGUCUUGAGAUGAAUAUGUCUAAAGAACAUCACCAAUAUGCAGUGAUUCCUAUAAGCUGCUUCAUAUUAGUCUGCCUUUUUUCCCUUCAGCAUUUCGGGACACAUCGUGUUGGGUUUGUUUUUGCGCCUAUUGUCCUUACUUGGCUUCUCUGUAUAAGCGGUAUUGGCUUGUACAAUAUAAUACAGUGGAAUCCUCAGGUAUACAAAGCGCUUUCUCCUAAAUACAUGUUCAUGUUCUUGAGAAAGACGAGAGUAAGUGGAUGGAUGUCUUUAGGCGGGAUCUUGUUGUGUAUUACUGGUGCUGAGGCCAUGUUUGCUGACCUUGGUCAUUUCAACUACGCUGCAAUUCAGAUUGCUUUUAGCUUUCUGGUAUAUCCAGCUCUCAUAUUGGCAUACAUGGGACAAGCUGCGUACCUAUCCCAGCAUCACAACUAUGCUCACGCCAUUGGGUUCUACGUCUCUGUGCCAAAAUGUGUGCACUGGCCUGUGCUUAUGAUAGCUAUUCUUGCUUCUGUUGUGGGAAGCCAAGCGAUCAUAAGCGGCACUUUCUCAAUAAUAAACCAAAGCCAAUCUCUAGGAUGCUUCCCUAGAGUCAAAGUCAUUCACACCUCAGACAAGAUCCAUGGUCAGAUCUACAUACCUGAGAUUAACUGGAUGCUCAUGAUCCUCUGCAUCGCCGUUACUAUCGGUUUCAGAGAUGUUAAACACUUAGGAAACGCAUCAGGCUUGGCUGUAAUGGCGGUUAUGCUAGUGACAACAUGUCUUAUGACACUAGUCAUAGUUCUUUGCUGGCACAAGCCACCGUUCCUAGCCCUCAUGUUCCUCCUCUUCUUCGGAUCAAUAGAACUUCUCUACUUCUCAGCCUCACUCACCAAGUUCCGUGAAGGCGCUUGGCUUCCCAUACUCUUAUCACUCUUCUUCAUGAUCAUCAUGUUCGUUUGGCAUUACACAACAAUCAAGAAGUACGAGUUUGAUCUCCAGAACAAAGUCUCCCUUGACUGGCUUCUCGCAUUAGGUCCAAGCCUAGGUAUCUCCAGAGUUCCAGGCAUAGGUUUAGUCUUCACUGAUUUAACCUCAGGUAUCCCUGCAAACUUCUCCAGGUUCGUAACCAACCUCCCUGCUUUCCACCGUGUGCUUGUGUUUGUCUGCGUGAAGUCCGUCCCUGUCCCUUUCGUUCCAGCCGCUGAGAGAUACCUCGUGGGCCGUGUUGGGCCAGUGGACCACAGGUCUUACCGCUGCAUUGUCCGGUAUGGUUACCGUGACGUCCAUCAAGAUGUUGACUCGUUUGAAACAGAGCUAGUGAGCAAGCUUGGAGACUUCAUACGUUAUGAUUGGCACAAAAGAACUCAAGAGGAGGAGGAGGACACUGUUAGGUCAAACGAGUCAAGACUGGCCGUGAUAGGAACCGUAGCUUACGAGAUUGAAGAGAGUCUUCAGCCAGAGAGCGUCUCCAUAGGUUUCACUACAGUAGAGAGCAUGGAAGAGGUCAUAGAAAUGGAGCCAAGAGCCACCAUAAGACGUGUUAGGUUUGCAGUGGAAGAAGAGAGUUCAUCAUCAUCGUGGGGAGAAGCAGAGGCGGAGCUGAGGAGUGAGCUGAGUGAUUUAGUGGCGGCUCAAGAGGCUGGGACGGCGUUUAUAUUGGGACACUCACAUGUGAAAGCGAAGCAAGGCUCGUCGGUGAUGAAGAGGUUGGCUGUUAAUUUCGGUUAUAACUUCUUGAGGAGGAACUGUAGAGGACCUGACGUGGCGCUUAAGGUACCGCCGGUUUCUCUUUUGGAAGUAGGUAUGGUUUAUGUUGUUUGAAUUUGAGAAAAAACAUGUAAACACACAAAAUCUAAUUUGUAUGUUCACUGUUGUAUAUUGGUGACGUUUAGCUUCUUUCUUUCUGUGUUCUUAGAUUCAUCUGUGUGUUAGUGUUUUGACUUUUUAACCAAGAUGGUCAGUUAAUCCUUUGUUUGAUAAUCUGUUUUAGACA